GCUAUUUGGCGAUACGCAGUCGCCUUGGACUCCUUUCUCAGCUACUCCUCUACCAGCUUAGCUCCUAGAGAUUCACCGUGGUGGUCUACAAUUACUGACUUUGAUUUUGCCUUCUCACUUCGUGGCUUGGCUCCGGGUUCAAGUGCUGAGGUGGAGCGAGGACGGUCAGCGGCGCUACAGCCAACUGUCGGAAGUCCCCUACAGCUCAUCUUCUCUCAGUCGAGCCCUUGGCCUGGCAUCUUCUCUGCCUCGCCUGAUAUCUUCCAGCUCGACGAACGUCGAUUAGGAGUUGGCUCUGUUGGCGAUGCCCUCAAAGAUUCCCCUGGUCCUAUGCCACCCGCCUGGUGGUCGCUGCAUACAAUAGUUGCCACGGAUGAACAUGAGUCGUUGCUAGCCAGCUGGGUUGCUAGGGCUGAGUCCGGAGUUCCCGGGACGUUUACUGACCUUAAUCGAGCUGAGUUUCGUGAGACAUCGCCUCUUGCACUGGCUUAUGACUGGGUGCAUGGCUUAAUAUUCUGGACGAACGGCACGGCGCGAUCUAUCUCGGUUGCUGACAUCCAUAACGGCUGGAUACGGACGCUGCUCCAUCUUCCGGCGCGUAGUCAGCCCUUGGGGAUCACAGUGGAUCCGAGAUAU